AUGACUUUAAAAGAAUUGCAGGAACGUGAACGUUGCAAGUUGAAACGAUUGGUACAACAACCGAACUCAUUCUUCAUGGAUGUAAAGUGCCCGGGUUGUUACAAGAUCACAACAGUAUUCAGCCAUGCUCAGUCAGUCGUUGUAUGUGUCGGCUGCAAUACAGUUUUGUGUCAACCGACCGGUGGUAAAGCUCACCUGACCGAGGGAUGUUCAUUCCGUAAGAAGCAGCAUUAA